CAGGCGAGUCGCGGCCCAGGCCCGCGGCGGCUCGCGGCGGCCAGGCCCUAGGCCGCUGCGGCGAUGCACCUGCAGCGUUCCAGACUUUGUUAAAUAUAGCCAAUCGAUAUUAGCAGCCGCGGAGAAUACCAUCCGCAAGUCCGCGUGCGCGUGUCGUGUGCUGUUGUGCGCGCUUGUCGCAGCUGCACUGUCCGGGGCUCUAUACGCGGCAGUGUCCGACCGACCGACCACUGCUGGCUCGCCUCUAGACUCCGCCGCGAUCGCAUUAUGGAUUGAUCGACCAAGCUCUCAGCCCUCCUCGUCUACAACGAAGCAAUACUACGACAAGGUAUAUCAACGCACACACACACUCCGCACACAGCGCGCGCGCAGUCACGUACGUACGCGCGAAACUCCCCCGGCGUGCUGCACGCGUACAUGUGCUACACGCGCAGACAAGCGAGCACACGCGCAGGAAAUUGCCGAGAGUCGACAAGCUGGGCGCUUUUCGACUGUCACUCGAAGCCGCCGCUGCCAGCACCAGCGGCGCACGCUCUCCGCCACACGACGGGCGCACGAGCAGCAAGACAGACAUGAGCUCGCGCUCGGCGCUCUGAGCAACUCACGGACAGGAGCAGCAGCAGCAGCAGCAGCAGCAGCAGCAGCAGCAGCAGCAGCAACGAAGAUGCCGCGCUGUUACAUGGUGAAGAAGGCGCUGUGCAACAAGUACAUCAACAGCGUGGCCAGAGGAUUCGAGGAUUGGGGCGUACGAUGCCGGAGCCCGACGCCGCCCCUGCUGCCGCCCAUUGAGCAGCAGCGGCAGCAGCCGGCGCCGCCGCCGCCCCCGCCGCCGCCCUCAGCCCCGGCGACCGCGCGUCAGCAGCAGCAGCAGCAGCCGGAGAAAACCAAGCUGCCGGCGCCGAAACCCAGAUAUGCCUCGCCGGUCGCCUCGGUGCACGAUUACUCGCCGAAGCAGUCGGAUCUGUCGCCCACGUCAGGCCUGUCCCGCACGAAAGAGCACGUGCCGGUGAUAGUGUCGACGGUGAGCCUGAGCAGCGGCAACGGCAACGGCGCUGGCGGCAACGCGGGCAAGAGCAACGGCACCAGCGGCCCCGACGCCAGCGCGAAUUGCAGCAGCGCGACGAGCAUCAUAAGGCGCAGCUCGCCGCCGAGGAGGGAUGCAAAACGCUCGCCGGAGCGCCCACCGAGAUCGAUAGAACAGCCGCAGGCCAAGUCGGCGUUCUCGCGGCCGAAGCAGUCCAAGGCUAGCGCGAUCCACAGCUACGAGGCUGGCAGCGAACCGCCCAGCAGUAGCGCCAGCCUGCAGUUCAUACCACCGCCGCCUCAGCGAUCAACCUGCAUCGCGCCGCCCAGCAAUGACACCGUGCCGAUCUUCAGAGACAGGUCGGCGGCGGAGACGGAAGCGGCGCACGACUUGUUGGAGUUGUCGCGCUCGCUGCCACCACUGGCGCCGCCGAGCGUGGCGAUUGGGCCGCAGAGCGUCAUCGAGCAUCCAGCCAGCGACAUCCAGGAGAUGACGGUUUACCAGCCGCCGCGCGGCGAACAGCAGCUCUACCAGAGUCACGGAGGCGUGUUCAUUCCGCUAUCGCCGGUACAAGAAGUGCUGUUCUACAGUGGCCCGGCGAUUCCGACGACGAUGAUCGCUCAGUCAUUGCAGCCACAGCUGCAGCCGUUGAUCCCGCCUCAACAGCCAGCUGAGCCAAUAAUCAUUCAGCAGCAGCUGGCGGCCCCGCAGCAGCAGCAGCAGCAGCAGCAGCAGCAGCAACAGCAACAGCAACAGCAACAGCAACAGCAGCAGGCUCAACUGAGCGGUGGACAGCAGCCGAUGACGAUUGAUUCGUCAGCGCCGCUAACGCCGCCGACCUCCGAGUGCAGCAGCGACGUGGAGAACAGCAAUCCGAAUCUUCAGCCGAGCCAGCGCGACAAGGAGGUACAGACCAGCGUCACCGUGCCCGAGUCAGCGAAGACUGCCAGCUACACCUUCGACACGCUAAUCGUGGCUGACGGCCGUACGAAGAAGUGCAAGCAACCCGCGCAAGCCACGACGACUGCGGCAACAGUCGCCCAGGAGCCGGUCGCGGCUGCCGCGCAAGACAAGGGCGAGGCUAAUCGGGAGAGCGCAGACCAGCCGGAGACGUCGAAAACCGGCAAAUAUGUAUGCAGCGAAUGCGGUAAGCAGUACGCGACGUCGUCGAACCUGUCGCGGCACAAGCAGACGCACCGCAGCAUCGACUCGCAGUCGGCCAAGAAGUGCAUCCACUGCGGCAAGGCCUACGUGAGCAUGCCGGCGCUGGCCAUGCACGUGCUCACGCACAAGCUCACGCACAGCUGCGGCGUCUGCGGCAAGAUGUUCUCGCGGCCGUGGCUGCUGCAGGGCCACCUGCGCAGCCACACCGGCGAGAAGCCCUACGGCUGCGCGCACUGCGGCAAGGCCUUCGCCGACCGGUCCAACCUGCGCGCCCACAUGCAGACGCACUCCACCGACAAGAACCACGAGUGCUCGCGCUGCCACAAGACCUUCGCCCUCAAGUCCUACCUGAACAAGCACCUCGAGUCCGCCUGCCAGCGCGACAACGACGAGUCCAGCAACGACGCCGACUCGCCCGCCGAGGCGCGCACGUCCGAGCUCCGCUCGCAGUCCAGAUGUAAAGCUUGAGAGGCUGGAAAAGUCGUGUAUACCGACGGCAUAUUAAAACGCAGACCCAUUGAGGACCAGGAAAGGAAAGGACGUCUCGUGCUAUAUACGUGUCUCGUUCUAACUGAACCAAUUAUCUCUCCGUCAACGAAUAACGAAUUACACAUAACAUACAUAUACAUACGUGUAACAUAACGUGUCGAUUGCGUACUUAUAUAUACAUUGCGGACUGUAAGAAUUUCCUCGAGCCUUUUCCUCGCGCACGCAGAUAUUUAUUACGAGCAUUGCCAAGAAGGCGAGAGGCAUGUAAUCGCUGCUUCAAUUACGUUGGAUAUUCCAAGGGAAAAAUCACUCGAAACGACUGCUCGUCGUUGAUUCACUGCUCGAACCGAAUGCAAUCGCACCAACGCACGCAAGCACUAUAUUGCACGGUACGCAUUACGUUGCUAGUCAUAUCGCUCGCAGAGCUACAGAGAAUGUAUUCGAUGAUCCUGGCGAGCUCGUCGCUAUUGCGUAUUUCGUAUUGCGUAUUGCGCACGCAAAGUGUAUUCUAGUCCGUUUCGAUGAUUUUUCGCGUCGGCGCCGCAAGGCCCUUAUCGUUUGCAAAACACAAUUACUACUAUUAUUAUCGUCCUGGGAGACCGAGUAGCAGCGAUUCGUAUGAGCUACGUGUCUCCCCACGGCUGAAAGAUACGCCGAAAAGUGUCGCGCAAGUGCAUGCGCAAACAGGUGUGUAGUAAUGCAUUGAAACUCAGUAUGUACUUAAAAAAAAAAAAAUAAUAAUAAUAAUAAUAAUAAUAAUAAUAAUAAUAAUAAUAAUAGUAAUAAUAAAACGCCGAAAAACAUCGAAUCUCUUAAUGAUCUAUAUAACGUUUUGAUAUGCGAGUGUGCGCGUUCUUCGCGUCGCGCUUCGUCGUGAACGCUGAGGACCUUCCAUACACAUUUCGGUUAUUUAGUCAUAUCGAAGAUAUUCAGUUUUUCACGUUUUAGUGUAGAAAUAACAAUCGCGAGAGUUUUCCUCAGACGGCAUUGAUUUUGGUUACGCGUUCUGUGAUAAUUGAAACCGAGGAAGAAACUAGUGUCGCGAGUUAGCUUUAAUUUGUUCGUUCGCGAAUCUUGGUGAAGCCUAUUGGUCGAGCGCGAUUGUCGCAUUGUCAGACGCGAAUGUCGCUCGCGAGAGAAACGAGAAGGUGAGGAAGUUUAGUGGGUCAGCGAGAGCUUAGCAACACAGCGCCUCGGGACAAAAGGAAAGUAAGGAAGCUCGGGGCUGCUCGUUUCGUUCUGCUUCUUCUCUUUUUUCGCGAGAAAUUUUUCGGCUAUCGCGAGCAAGCAAGAGAAAGACGAAGGGGCGGGAAGGGGGAAGAGUCGACGUUGACUCCACACCACCUGUUGCAGCCUUCGAGCUAGAGCAGCUACGUCGCGCUGACCAGAAGUGAUUCGCUCGCAAGUUCGCCGAGCGAGAGAGAGGGCAGACAAGUUGCGCACCUUUGAAUUAUGGAACGUGUUGCUCGCUCGACGUUUUCGACCUAGAGCAAACGUGUUAAUCUAGGGUCACGGCUAAACUUCUCCUUUUUUUGUGUGCCGAGCAUUUCCUUAUACGCUCACCUGUUGAGGUUUCAGCAGGUUAACGCGAUUGCUGUUAAUUACGUCUGAGCUUUGCGUUCGGACUUUUAUCCCAAACACGAACCAGUGCAAUAUCAAUUAUUACAUCAACAAAUGCGAUCUCUGAUAUUUAUCUUUGCUACAUUUUAGCAAGUCCAGUCAGAAUUAGGUUUGCUAUUGUUUUUAUUUAUGUGAUUCUAGCUAGUAAGAAUUGGGCUUUUCCUAGUUCUGAAUAAUUGAAAUUUACUUUUGUUCGUAUUGUUGUAGUAUCGAAUCCGUCAUUCAUUUUACUUGUUUAAUACACGCGAAUGAUGACAAAUGAGCUCUAGUCAAAUAAGUAACUUACCUUUAAACGUUACAUAUAAAAUGCAAUAAUGGUAGUGGAAGCUUUUCAAACUUAUGGAGAAGAAGAAAACAAUUUUUUAUCCAAAGAGCAUAGGUUUUAGGGAGUAUCGGUAAUAGAAUUAAAACGAAACACAUAGGUAAUACAUCUAGUCAGCACUUUAUACGCGGAUAUAUAAAAAUGCAGGAAAAACUUGUAGAAACAAACAAAUCUUAGUGAUAAGCAUUGAAGCAGGGUUCUAUCAAUGGAAUUUUUUAUAUAGUAUAUUUCAAAAAAUAAAUAAAUAAUUAAAUAUAACUGGAAAAUUGAACGGUUCAAUUAACUGAUAAAGAAACCUCAAUUACAAGCUCGGUAAAACAAAUUAUUGCAAGGUGAAGGCCAGAAGUCCACUUAUAUGAAUAUCAUUUCCUUUUGCAUUUACAAAUGCUACUUUGUAAGAACAAAUUAUUAAAUAGUAGGUAAAGAAUAUUUAUAAGAGAUUACAUACGAUCGAUUAUUAUAUGUAAAGUAUCGACCUUUGGAUCUCGAGUUUUCGUAUAGAUCGUUAUAAAAAAAUGGUACAUUGUAUUGAUAAACUAUUUUUGUACUUCGACAUAGCUUCGUACGAAAUGUCAAUUGGUUAUUGCUUAAAAAAGUGAAUCAAUUAUCGUAAAUUUUUCCGUACUCGAUAUGUAAACUUGAUUUUUAUUCCUCUUAUAAAGCGAUGUAAAGUAGGCCACUGCAAGUAUUUUUAUAAGUGUAACGGAAAAUGCACCCUAAAUUUUUUUAAAUGAAUUAAUUGUAAGGAGGUCGAAACACACAGCCUGCAACAUACGUUAUUUUUCAUUGAGGUGAGGAAUAUGAACUCGUAAAUUGAGGGUCAACACAACAAACACACAAACACACACGUAGUAUUAAAAGUACACGCGCAAGAUAUAUGAAAAACUAUAGUAAUUAUAGGCAUGAGUAAAGUAUGGACACACAGCAUAAACAAACUACAAAUACAAAUACAUUUGUAAAAUCGCAAUGGUAUUUGAACGUGUUAGUUAUAAACAAACUACACCUUAUGAUCUUAGUACCUACUAUGGACAUUUACAAAUACUCAGUCAAUCAAUUAUAGUGAAUACCUGCUAUGUAUAAGAUAUCGUCACAAUAGUCAAUAACUAAUUGUAAUAAUGUUUUUUCUGAUUCUAAAGUAAAGCGCCACGUGUACAGCAUAAGAAACACCAAACUACUUCGAGAUAGUUGUAAAAAAGACAGUGUUUGCAAAUCAAAAUUCAUGCGUACAAGGUCGCCGUUCAAUUAAAAAACGAACGUAUUCCGAGUUUUACACACGCUUAACUUUCAUUUUGUUUUACUUCUGCCAAGAUGUAAGAUAAAACUCGAGGAUCAAUCGGUUCACGCACAUCCGUUAUAAUUUGGACAUCAGUUUUUCUACGUACUUAUAAGAUUACAACCGCCACAUUGUAAAUGAUGGCUUGAGCAAUUAACUUAUACAUAUUGAAAAGCCGCGUAACGUCAGCGUUAGUGUGUACACCUAUAAAAUACUCGUGCUGCAAUUAUCGAGAGCUGAAUUGUCCCGAUUCAACAGGAAUUUCGAACCAUUUUUGCCUCCGUUAUUUUUGCCUGCAAAAAUAUAGGGUUGUGCAUAAGCCAACGUUAAAAUUAUAUCGUAACAGAUAUUGCAAUAAGUAGACUAUCCAUUUGCACUUCACAUAUUAUUGUAGAUAUUACUACAUUACACUAUGGCAUUGUGUGAAGUACGUAAUUGCAAGCGACUAAAGGCAGCACUCGACCUUACAUAAGCUUUAUUCUCCCAUCCGGAAGUGCGUUAGAAUAGUGAAGCGAUAAAAAAUGAUUACUAAAGAAUGUAUUCUGCAAAUCAAAUUGUAACGCGAAAUUUUUUUGCAUUUUUACGGAUCACAUUUAUGUUUCCUAUAAGAUGGACUUAUUUAAAUGUGUCGAGGUAUUUCCGAAAAACUAAUAUUAGCAUCACCUUACAAACUAGAAAAAACAUUUCUUUUAUGCAAGCAACGUAGACAGCCGUAUUACAUUUGAAACUUGAAAUUUGCUUUAUUUUCCAGCAGUUUAGCAUGUGACUACUUAAAAAAAAGUGUGAAAACAUUUACUAACUAAAGAAACUUUUGCAAAUUUCACCAAUUUUUUUUUAUAUUAAAAAAAAAAAGAUUAGAAAAUGCAAAAAAAGAAGUUGUAACGCUAAGCAUGGACUUAGGAUUUAGAUUAGUGUGAUACAAGGUACGACAAAGCAAUAAUUUAGUGAUUGUAUGAUAUUUGAUUAGUGAUUAGCACUAAGUUGUACGGUAAUACUUUCCAAAUCUAUAAAUAUUUACUCGAUAAAGUCAACAUAUAGUUUUGUAGAAGCUACGAGGACUGUACUCGGAAAUUUAACAGAAGAAAACGUAAGAAAAACAAGUCAGAUCAUAAAUUGAGAGCAACUGUCACGGGAUCAAAAAGAAAAGCGGUAAAAAAUAUUGAUUUGUAAUAAAGGCAAAUCUAACAUUUUUUAUGUAAUAUUUUUUCUCAGUGUGUCAAUGAUUGACAUGUUCUACUUAAUGAUUUCUAAAUUUUAUACUUUCAAUUUUCAUCAGUCAGUCUACGUCCUGUAUAUCAAUUUCUUUAUAAAGAUGAAAGUUGAUCAAAGUAUGGCAUAAUGCUUUAACGAUGUUUAGUGCCAAAAAUCUCUACUCCAUAGGCCACAAAGUAGCAUAAUGCUUACCGAUAAUUCAACUAUUUCUAGAUCUGCAACAUUAAUUUUUUUUAUAUUCUACAACAUGAAUUGAUACAAUUUACAAUAAGAUCAUUAUGAAUUAUUGUUGAUCGAAGUUCUAGUUUCGUGGCUACUACUUUAUCCAUAUAACGUAUUGAGCAGCCAACAUAACAAAAUAUUGCAAACUGCAAAACCAAUUACUGGAUUAUAGUAUCGCACCAGAGACACGUGUAUGAGAUAUACAAAUAAAAUAAUUGAAAAUAAAUGAAAAGAAACUGAUCUGUGUAUCAAGUAUAACCCCGACCAUUUAGAUGUAUACUGUGUUUUUUCAAUUUUAUUACAAUAUCUCUGUACUUGACAGUAUCGCGGAAUAAAAGAACGUUCUGAAACCCAUUUCUAAAUAUAUUUUUUUCUAUAAACCUUAAUAGACCUAUUAGCAUUAUAUGAAUAUACAAGCAAAUCUCAUAAUUAUCAAAAGUUU